AUGGAAGAAAACUCACUUCGCGUACAAUUGGAUAUAGGCAUUUAUCCAAAUGAAGGCUUUGCUCGUGUGGAUACUCGGAAACAAUUUGAAGAUGAAAUUGAAACAUCAUAUGAAAAUCUGAAAAAAGCUUUAAAUCCUCAAGAUCAGCAACUAUUAUUUAAUCAGUUAAUCAAUCAAUUUGUUAAAUCUAAAUAUAUAAAACCUAAUAGCAGUGAGAAUUGGAGUACCACCUUUGAAGAUGAUAGAAGAAUUGAAGAUACCUAUGUUCAUCACUCGGUGCACCCAAUUUUGAGACCAUUUUUUCCAGAUACACCAGGAAGAACUACAAACUGUUCGAUUAGAUCCUUUAUGUUCGUGGUGUUUGAUAUUACUAGACUUGGAAUUUGUUCUCGAGCUUAUAAUGAAUUUGGGGUGAAGGGAGUUUCAGAGGAGAAUCAGAAAUAUUUUGCUGAUUGGGCUCCUUCUGCCCGCGCUCUUCGAAUUGUUGUCAGGCAAAGGAAGGGAAGACAUUUCUGCCCAGUUGUGACUCCGAAAAAUAAACAAGAAGAAUCUUCUAUUGUGAAUAUCCAAGAAAACGCGGCAUCAAUAAUUCUUCAAGUUGCAAAAAUCAAGACUGAAAGUGAGGACGAAAUUUUUACCACGGGGAAAAAGACAAAAGAAAUCGUUGAUGAUUUUAAACCACCUUCUCCAAAAAAAUCACGAGCAAGAGAAAAUAGCUCUGCCAAAACAAAAAACAAUUCAAACAGUGAACCGGUAAAAUUAAGGAUAUUACACGCAUUCAACCAACUAAAAACGGAUAUGAUUGGUGGCGAGAAACACCAAGUUAUCGAGCUCGAUUUUAGGAACCAAUACUCGGAGAAAUUCGUGGUGAACCGACCGGGUGAAUGUGUUAAACAGGGUAAAGAUUCCUCUAAGUAUGUGUUCAUCGGAGCUGCCAAUAUACCAAUUCGUGGUAUUGCCAAAAUCGCCAAGAAACUUGAGAUUGAGUUUGCCGAAGCUGUCACCGGUUUCGAUUUUCCAGAAAUAGUAGCAAUACAAGAAGCAGUAAAACGACGAAAGAAAGCGUUAACCAGAUGGCAGGAACGAGCAGAGAGUGAACACGAGUUAAUGCAUGAUGAUAACGAAGAGGAGGAAGAGAAGCAGAAUAAGGGUAAGGUCAAGGAAGUGGAUGAUGCGAUAAAGGUUUCAAGUAGGCGAGCCCUCUAA